CGUAACCAGCAUUUCUAGGUAGACAACGGCAGGAAAAGAAGAGUUGAACUUUUGCUCCUUUUAUGAAGUGCUUAGUUUUAAAUCAGCAAGUAUAUUAAAUUGCAGGGAGUAAAUAGAAGUCAUGAAUACGUUUUUGUGGACUUUGGUUUUCUUUCUCCAAAGUUAUGCUAAAAGUGUUUGUCAAAAUAUUACUAGACCCAACAUUGUGAUGGUGAUGAGUGAUGCGUUUGAUGGACGGCUGUCCUUUGAUCCAGGCAGCAAAGUUGUACAACUUCCCUACAUAAAGUACCUCAGUGAGCUUGGCUUAACCUUUGUUAAUGCUUACACCAACUCACCCAUCUGCUGUCCUUCAAGAGCAGCAAUGUGGAGCGGUCAGUUUGUCCACCUCACUCAGUCAUGGAACAAUUACAAGUGCUUAGAUGCAAACACAACUACAUGGAUGGAUUUGCUGGAGAAGAAUGGCUAUCGCACAAAGAUGUUGGGCAAGCUGGAUUAUACCUCAGGGAGUCACUCUGUCAGUAAUCGUGUUGAGGCAUGGACACGAGAUGUUCCGUUUCUCCUGCAACAAGAGGGCCGGCCUGUUUCUCAACUUGUUGGUAAUAAGUCAACUGUGAGGAUCAUGAAACAAGACUGGGAAAACACAGAUAAAGCUACACAGUGGAUCCAUCAGACAGCUGCUCUCUCACACCAGCCCUUUGCUCUUUAUCUUGGCCUCAAUUUACCUCAUCCUUAUAAAACUGAAUCUCUGGGACCCACUGCAGGUGGAUCCACCUUCCGUAGCUCUCCAUACUGGCUCAAAAAGGUAUCCUCUGACCUCAUCUCUGUUCCCAAGUGGCUGCCUAUGGCUGCCAUGCACCCUGUUGACUACUACUCCACAUUCACAAAAAACUGCAGUGGUGACUUUACUGAGGAGGAAAUUAAAAGCAUCCGGGCCUUCUAUUAUGCCAUGUGUGCUGAAACAGAUGCCAUGUUGGGCCAGGUGAUUUCAGCACUGCGAGAGACUAGCCUGUUUAACAACACAGUUGUGAUCUUUACAGCUGACCAUGGGGAGUUAGCCAUGGAGCACCGGCAAUUCUAUAAAAUGUCAAUGUUUGAAGGCAGUUCCCAUGUUCCCCUGCUCAUCAUGGCACCUUGGCUGAUGUCUGGCCUGCAAGUCAACCAGCUUGUCUCUUUAGUUGACCUCUAUCCAACCAUCCUGGAAAUCGCUGGUAUUUCAGCUACAGGUAACCUAAGUGGCCACUCCCUUCUUCCUCUGCUGUCCAAAUCCACUGAUUUUUCUAAGAAGCAACAUCCAGACUGGGCACUGAGUGAAUAUCAUGGUUGUAAUGCCAAUGCCUCUACAUAUAUGCUUAGAAGUGGCAAAUGGAAAUAUAUUACCUAUGCUGAUGGCCUAAGUGUCCCCCCUCAACUUUUUGAUCUAACACUGGACAAGGAUGAACUUCACAAUGUGGCUCUUAAAUUCCCACAUGUGCAGGUACAUUUGGACAAGAUAUUGCGCAGCAUUGUAGACUAUCCAAAUGUCUCUACAGCUGUUCAUCUCUACAAUAAAAAAGCAUUUGGUGAAUGGCGCAGUAGCUUGGGGAGAAACUACAGCCAGACCAUUGCUAACCUCAGAUGGCAUGUGGAUUGGCAGAAGGAUAAGUUAAACAAUGAGAAAGCGAUUGAUAAAUGGCUCUAUGGCUCUUAAGGACAUUUUCAGGGUUAUCAUGGUGGUUAACUUUAAGCCUUCUAUUUCAAUAAAAUGGAUUUGCACUAUGAAAAUUUUACUCAUGCACUUUUUAAAAUUGAGAGAGUCAUUGCAAAGUUUUACUGCCUGUAUCUUUUUUUUCUUUCUUUUUCUGUGUAACAGUUUAAAUAGUGGAUGAUCCCAGAGUAUCUUUUAUAAUGUCAUAACUCGUAGUUUAACUUGAAUUUGUAUUUUCACAUCUUUGACCUGGGCCACACGGUGGUGUGGAGGUUAGCACUGUGGCCUCACAGCAAGAAGGUCACUACUUUGAACCUUUCUAUUUGGAGAUUGCAUGUUCUUGCUGUGUAUAAAUGGGUUUUUUCCAGGUAUUCUGGCUUCCUCCCUCUGCCCAGACAUGUAUGUUAGGUUAAUUGAAAUUCUAAAUUCUCCCUAGGAGAAGCGUAUGUGAUUGUCUUUCUGUGUUGGCCCUAUCGCAGGGCCAACACAGGCUGUACCCUGCUUCUUGGUUGCUAAUUGCUGGGAUAGGCUCCAGAUUCCCCACAGCCUUGAAUUGGACUAAGCCCCACAGAAAAUUAAUG